UUAAUGUCGCACUUCCAUUACAUUAUUGACAUGUUUCAUCAUAUCCAAUCUAUUCCAAUUUUAUGUAGUUCUACGUAACUCAUUUGGCCUAUUGCUGUAAUCCCCGCUUUAUUCAUCACGAGUUCAUUUUACCCCAUUUUUCCAUAUUUCAGAUAACACGUGAAAGCAGCACGAGUCAGCUUUUGACACUUGGAGCCUGCUUCAAGCUAAAAGCUCAGCAUGUCUGAGAAAGAGCUGGGGAAAAAGUGGGACCGAUGCCUCGCGGAUGGUGUCAUCAAGCUUGGCACAGGUCUGGGUUUGGGAAUUGUGUUUUCUGUCAUCUUCUUCAAAAGGCACACAUGGCCCAUUACGUUAGGCUCAGGAAUGGGCCUUGGCAUGGCAUAUGCCAAUUGUCAGAAUGACUUGAGGUUACAUUACUUGCUGCCUAAAAAGGACCAGUAG